UGGAGCACCAACCAGUUAGUGCGCGUUUAGACUCGGUGGGGAGUGGACGUUGCGCCGUCACUGAGAGUUGUGUGCCCGCGUGGCUUAUCCAGUCAACAUUUCUGAAAUGUGUAGAGACGUGCGUGCGGGAUGACACUUUGUACAGUGGUGGUGUAAGGGGCGUGUUGUGCCGGGGUGAAGCACCAGUGACACAUACAGUGCCGUGUGCGGCUCACACCAAGCCAAAAAUGUUCUCUUCAUUCAUAUGUUACGAUUAAGAAGACUGUGAAGUGAUAGCUGUGGAGGAGGAGGAGGAGGAGGUGUGUGAGGCGAGGCCAGCCUCCGUGCCGGUGGUGCCGAGGACUGGAGCUACACUGGUGACUCUGCGCCUCCAGGAGCCACCUCCAUGGUCCUCAACAGUGAGGAGGGCGGGGAGGGCGCGGGCGAGGGCGUGGACGCCGCGCCGCCCACGCCCAGACACCACCACCACCACACCAAGCACCUGCUCAAGUACGGCGAGCUGGUCAUCCUGGGUACUUCUUUUUUCAGGUAUAAUGGUUACCUGCCGCCUUGUGACAAAGGAAGGAGACGUAGCAAAUUUGUGCUUCACAGGCGUCCUGGUGCAAAUGGUGUCAAACCUGCUAAACAUUAUGUUGUUCGAACUCCUCAAAAUACACAGGCUAUCUUAGAUGCUCAACAACACAGCAUUUCAUACACACUAUCACGGAAUCAAGCAGUUAUUGUUGAGUAUCAACUGGACACUGAAACCGACAUGUUCCAAAUAGGACGGUCAUCUGAAACACCUAUAGAUUUUGUUGUCAUGGAUACAAUACCUGGUGAUAAACAUGGAGAAAUGAAGGUAACGCAGAGUACAAUAAGUAGAUUUGCGUGUCGAAUAAUUGCUCACAGAACUACUCGCACUACUCAGGUUUAUGCUGCUGGCUUCGACUCGUCAAGAAAUAUUUUUCUGGGUGAGAAAGCAACGAAGUGGCAAAACAAUGGAGAAAUUGAUGGCUUAACAACAAAUGGAGUAUUAAUUAUGCACCCUCCAAGUCAGUUCUGUGGAGGAGAAGCUAAGCCUGGCAUAUGGAGAGAAGUGUCAGUAGGGGGUGGUGUGUAUGCGUUAAGGGAAUCUCGUUCUGCUCCACAAAAAGGGAUUAAGAUAGAGGAGGAAACUAAUGUUCUACAAGAUGGGACACUGAUAGACUUGUGUGGGGCCACACUGUUAUGGAGAUCGGCUGAGGGGUUAGGCAAAUCACCGACGAAGCGUCACCUUGAACAGAUGGUGGAUGAACUGAAUGCAGGUCGUCCGCAGUGUCCAGUGGGUCUGAACACACUUGUGAUACCUCGAAAAGCUACUUUAACGGCUACAGAGAAGCAGCCUGUAGUGUACCUUAUCUGUGGCCAUGUGCAAGGGCUACACGAGUGGGGCCAUGAGAAAGACUCCAAUGCCCAUACGUGUCCCAUGUGUCUUAAGGUUGGGCCUGUAGUCAAACUGUGUAUGGGCAUUGAGCCAGCAUUUUAUGUUGACAGUGGUCCCCCAACUUUCUGUUUCAAUCCAUGUGGACAUAUGGCCUCAGAAAAAACAGUAAGGUACUGGGCUGCGGUGCCUAUUCCCCAUGGAACUAAUGGGUUCCAUGCAGCAUGUCCAUUUUGCGCCUCUCCACUUGAAGGUGAUCCAGGGUUUGUCCGACUUAUAUUUCAAGACAAUUGCGAUUAAAUUCCCUCCCUUUAUACACUGUAGUAUUAUGUAUAGACAACCUCUGGAAGUAUAUCUCCACCCUUCAGUUUUAUUUGCACUUAACGUGUUUUGUUAAUAAUGCCGAUUAAUUAGAGUGAACCUUGAAUGCCACUCAGAUAUCAUUCGAUCUGUGUUUUUAUGCAACUAGGAUAUUGCUUGUUAAAUUAUGUAAAAGUGAAACAAAUGAUACAGCCCAGUUAUUUGGGUUGACACUAUUCCUUGGAAUAUGAGUGCAUCGGCUCAGAUUGUGACUGCUGACACGGCUGAGACCAGCACUUGUAGAACUAUGCAGCUUGUGCAAUUGACUUAAUGGCUACCCAGACGCCCUACAUGCUGCUGCACACUUGUCUUACUGCACUUCAUGCUCACUGUGUGCACUCAACACUGAUGCCAACUUUCCCACCACUAGGUAAAAGCUAAUGUAUGUGCUCAACUUUAUAUAUAAAUAUAUACAUAUAUAUAUAUAUACAUAUACAUGGAUAUAUACAUACACACACACAUAUAUACAUACACACACACAUAUAUAUAUAUACAUACACACAUAUAUAUACACACACACAAAAUAUGCUAGAUAUAUAAAGUUGUAUGAUGGUACCAUUAGAAUACCUGUUUAGUUCAUGGGUUUGUACUAAAUACGUUGUGAGUACACCCAUUGUGUUAAGUGCAUCUGGUGAACGUGAACUGAAGCUUAACUCUUGAGUGUCAAGAGCUUCUCUUGUAAGUAAUGACCUAUUGUACUUCACGAUUAGCCCUUAAACUGCUGCUGUAGCCCUCGAGUGAUAAGGGCCUAUGCCAUGCAUGUAUUGCCCCUGGAAGUUUUAAUGUACCCUGAAAUAUUCAAAAUUCCUGAAGAUUGUAUAUGCCCAUCAUUAGACACUAGAGACCUCUGGUAUUCAUUUGACAUAUUGGAAAAACUUGUGAAAGUUGUUACCUUCCUGGGCAUUAUUAAAAAAACUUGCACCGUGUUAGUUGCAUCACCAUUCAUUUACUGACACCUGUGCCAGGAACUAUUGAUGUUGUACAAAAUUUCAAGGGCUUAUGUGUACCUGGGCGAUUAUUACUGACUAGAAGAAAUCUAUUACAAAUGGCGUAACUUGAAAACUACUUUUCCAAAUUUGACAUUUUCACCUCUUGACUAAAAUGAUUAGUAUUUCUUUUUCCAGACAUCAAAAAGCAACACUUUAAGAUAUGGAAAGGAAAAUAAUUAAUUUUCUUAUACGCACCAGGAAAUACAGUAGAUCUAAAAAGAGUGCAGUUUGAGGGUUAACAUUGUAAAAUUUUGGAUAUAAUGCUGCUGAAUUAUAUAUCCUCACCUUGUGGCACUAAAAUGAAAACCAUAGU